AUGCCACAUCAUCUUCGAAAUGGUCGACAGCCAACCUAUGGCGCUUUCUUCGAACACUUUGAUGAUUUUCCCGAGCCGGCAGGCCAUGUUCCUGAUGUCUCGGUUGGAACGCCCCUCGCAUCGAGCCAAGUCUCGCCGCCUGCUCUUCCACCAAGAAAUAAUCAAAGACAGAGCUCUGCGGAAGGCGUCGCAACAGUAAGAUCCACACGACCUGCAGCUUCUUCAUUCUACACGGUUACCACGGACAAGGACCCAAAGCGUUUUCCAGCGCGUCCAGAAAGUUUUGCGAAGGAAUACGAAGUCAUCCGCAAGCUCAACUGGACAAACGGUAACGCUCUCUUUCUCGUCCGCGACCGCGUUGACGGUAAGCUGUUCAUCAUCAAGCAAGUGCACGGUAAGCUUCGAAGUGGUAAAUUCCCCAUAUCUCCUCACGAGACCAACAUGCUCGACGCUUUGCGCGAACAUCCUGGAAUGCUAACGAUGGUAGACCAUUUCUGCGAUACUGACGUCCCAGGCCGGCCAUUGCACAACAUUGUAUGCGAAUUUGCUGAUGUCGGCGAUAUUGCGAACCUGACAAUGUACUCCAAGUCCCGUGGACAACGUAUUCCGGAAUCGUUCGUCUUACACUUCACGGCGAGCAUGAUCAACGCUCUGGCUUUCAUGCAUUACGGCGUCACAUCAUACACGUCCUGGAAUGGUCGUAGGAGACGUGCUACUACCCAUCGCCCCGUCGUACAUCGCGAUUUGAAGCUACACAAUGUCUUCCUGAAAUGGAAUCCUACUGCCAAAACCGAGGGCGGUCUACCAGACGUGGUCAUCGGCGACCUGGGCCUCGCGAGCUACGACGACCACACCAACAAGGGAGCCGUGGGUACAAACAUCUACAUGCCUCCCGAAGUGCUCUCCUACAUCGACGCCGAAGUCAAAUACCCGCAUCUCAAGGGCACCGCCGGCAUCUGCAGCAAAGCAGGCGAUAUGUGGGGGUUCGGUAUGAUUCUCUACGAACUUCUUGCCCUUCAGCGGUACGAACCUGACCUGGGCAAUACGAUUCAGGCAGUCUUCGAUGCUUCCACGGUAAGCAAGCACAAGGAAAUCCUGGAGUUGCUCGAGAGGUGUCUCGCCAAGCAACCACAACUCCGCCCGAGAGCCGAUAAGCUGCAGAAAUACGCCACGCGCUUCAACAAGCGCGUGAAGAGCUGGCAUAGGAAUGGGAAUCGCUUGACUGAAGAUUUCUGGCCUGAGGCUGCUUAUAUGGACCAGGUUAUGAACGCUGGGGACCGUAAGCACACCAUGCUUCCAGGGUCCGAUAUGUUUUCUCUUCGUCGGCAUCCGGGGCGAACAGGCGUGCCUCGGAGAUUGAGAAAUCUUUCGGAUGGACAAAGAUUUUCGUCGCUGAUGCAGAGUCUUGAAGGACAAUUUGCAGACUUUUCUGGACACUGGGCGCGUGAGCGGCCUGCCGAGGAGUAA